AUGGAAGGAGUAUUCUUUAACGUCGAUAAUGGGUAUAUCGAGGGUGUGGUUAGAGGCUAUCGUAAUGGCCUGUUAACCAGUAACCAAUAUAUUAACCUCACGCAAUGCGAUACCUUGGAAGAUUUGAAGCUUCAAUUGUCGUCUACGGACUACGGUAACUUUCUGUCCUCGGUUGCUUCUGAUGCUCUUACCACGUCAAUCAUUCAGGACCAUGCAUCUGCGAAGCUUUACCAAGAAUUCCAGUACAUUAGAGAUCAAUCCAGCUCUGUCACUAAGAAAUUUAUGGAUUACAUCACGUACGGCUACAUGAUCGACAACGUGGCCUUGAUGAUCACCGGUACAAUUCACGACCGCGACAAGACUGAAAUCUUGAGUCGCUGUCAUCCUCUUGGGUGGUUCGAUACACUUCCAACCUUGACAGUGGCCACGGACUUAGAAUCUUUAUACGAAACGGUUCUUGUCGACACGCCCUUGGCGCCUUACUUCCGCGACUGCUUUGAUGCAGCUGAUGAGUUGGAUGACGUCAACAUUGAAAUUGUAAGAAACAAGCUUUACAAGGCAUACUUGAGUGACUUCUACAAUUUUGUUUCUACCGAGAUUGACGAGCCUGCCCGCGAAAUUCUCCAGGAUUUGUUGAAAUUCGAGGCUGACAGAAGAGCAAUCAACAUUUCUUUGAACUCAUUGCAAAGUGCUGAUAUCAUUAACGCUGAGUUGAAGCGUGACUUGCUUCCAGAUUUGGGUAAGCUGUAUCCUGUAGGAACCGAGCAGUUGGCAACCCACGCUACCGAUUUUGAGGCUGUGAGAGGCAUUGUCGACAAUGUCUACGAGUACCGUGGCAUUUUUGAGAACGGUAACCUUGAAGACCAUUUCUACAAGAUGGAGAUGGAACUUUGCAGAGAUGCUUUCACUCAACAAUUCACGGUUAGUACCAUUUGGGCUUGGAUGAAGUCUAAGGAACAAGAGGUCAGAAAUAUCACUUGGAUUGCUGAGUGCAUCGCUCAAAAUCAAAGAGAAAGGAUCAACAACUACAUCUCCGUUUACUGA